UAUAUCAUGGGCUGUUAUGCAAGAAAUGUUAUAUUAUUUUGUGGAAAGCAGUGCGACAGUUAAUCAUCCGAUGAGCAUUGUUUUUUUGAGUGCGCGAUUGAUUGUUCGGGUUCUAGCACUUAAAUUUCAGAAAGUGAAAGCCUACGGUGUUUAGUGAUUUAUAACUGAACAAUAAAACGUUAGUGAUCUUGUGAAUUUUCCGAUAAUCAUUUCUAGUUGGGUCGAGGGAGAUCGAUGAUCCUCUGAGAUGGCAACGUUCAAGAUAACUUCGGAAGUCCACGCGGAACGAUCGCGAAGUCAUGAAAGUUGGAGACAAAACUAUGUAGUAACUCAAUUUGCAUUCGAAUAUCCUCCUCACAUGAAACCCAAGAACUUAAUGACUUACGAUCACGAGGGAGAUUUGGUUCUUCAAAGAAAAGAAGGAAUACUUCUGAUUGAACACAGUAUCUGCACACAGUUGGAACUUGUGGGUUUACAAUUAUGGAGAGGAGCUUUCUUAUUAGCUGAUUUUAUCAUGGCUAAUCCUCAAGAGUUUGAGCACCAAAAUGUCGUUGAAUUAGGAUCUGGAGUGGGUUUGACGAGCAUUGUCGCAGCAAUGUUAGCUAGAGAAGUCACCUGUACAGAUAUUGAUUUAGGAGAAAUUCUACCUUUGAUCAAACGAAAUGCUCAACGGAAUUCGAAGUACAUUCGAGGAAAGUUCAAUGUGAUGGCGUUGAACUUCAAAGAUACAGAUUGGCCUACAAGUUUGAAGAGAAAAUUGGCAGAGUCCGCGAUCAUUCUUGCUGCGGAUGUUAUUUAUGAUGACAACAUCACCGAACAUUUUGUCUCCACUCUUGAAAAGAUUUUACAUUCCGAUGAUACCAAACGCACCGUCUACGUAGCCAUGGAAAAGCGUUUUGUAUUCACAAUUGCUCACCUGGACUCGGUGGCCCCCUCCUACGAGGAAUUCCGCCGUUGUAUCGCCAGGAGACGACUAAAAUGGACCCUGGAAGAAGUGAACCUUGGCUUCCCCCAGUACUUCAAAUACGACCGAGUCAAGGAAUUGGUCCUUAUAAAAAUUCAGAGGACAUAAACUUUAAUCAUUCAAAAAGACCACAAAUUUUAAUUUUUUUUUCACAGAAUUUAUUGAAUUUUUUUUUGCAAUAUACCUAUUUACAAUCUACGAUAUACAGUGUAAGAUUUAAAGGGUAACGGUCGGGUCUUUGUCUACAGUAUUCAUUAAGAAAAUGAAAUACAAUAAUAAAAAAAUGCCACGACCGUAGAGGCAGUAGAUUUAAUUAGUAUUUUCGUGUAUCGUACAAGGUCUUUGAGGAUUAAAUAAUUAAUACACCAUUA